AGUGUCAUCUCAUACUUUGCCUUUUAAAAAUAUCAUAUUCCAAUAUUAUCUGAUUAUUUCAGAGAUGUCAGCUGGUAGCUCUGCACUGGCUGAUCCAGUGAUCCGGAUUCUUCUGAUUGGCAGAGACGCUUCUGGGAAAAGCUCAUCUGGAAAUAAGAUACUGGGGAAAAGAUAUUCUGAAAAUGAGUUAGGUAUCUGUGAAGAGGUAACACAGAUUGAUGGGAAGCAGGUUGCUGUGAUUGAUUGUUCUGAUCUACUGGAUCCAGAUCUGAAUGAAGAGAAGCUGGAGAUGAUGAAAGAGCAGCUGGUCUCUCAAUAUUCAGCAGGUCUCAGUUCAGUUCUGCUUGUUGUGCCUUUAGUGAAAUCUGUGCUAAAUGAGGAAGAAAUCCUGGAUUAUAUGAAGUGUUUAUUUGGUCAUGAAGUUCAGAAAUACUUUAUAAUUCUGUUCACACAUGAAGAUGAACUGGAGGAUCUCGAUCAGACCAUUGAUGAACAUCUACAAAAGUAUGAGGAUCUCCAGCAACUGGUGACUGAAUGUAGAGGAAAUUUUCACUGUUUUAAUAACAAGAACAAAUCAGAUGAUCAGGUACAAGAACUAUUGCAGAAGAUUGAAGGAAUGAUGGUGGAGAACAGAGGAAAAACACAUCUGAGUAAGAUAAGCAAAGUAGCAGUUUCAGUUGCUUUGUUUUUUUCCUCUGUGGCAGAAACUUCUCAAAUACAUUCUUUAUACACAUUAUCAUUGUAGCUUCUUGAGAUGCAAAAUAAAUCUAUAUGUAUCUGAAAAGUGGCGGCCCAAAUGGCCAAUUCACAUUAAACCAUUCACAUUGUGUUUAUUGCUAUUUUAAGUAUGAAGGUCCCGCUCCACAGACAGAAUGCUGGAUUAAAUAUUAAGGAAAGCAGAACAAUUUUAUAAAGGCAUCAGUAUUGUUAUCAGUGAUACUGCCCUUCACUCAUUAAGGAGUCUACGGGUAUU